CAGCAGCAGCUACGACGAGUCGGCUUUCGCGCAGGUGGGGGCGCGGGGCUCGCUCACUGGGGAGGUGCGCUUCGCGGAGAGGGAUGGAGCCGAGACGGCGAUCUUGUCUCUCAACGGCUCUCUCAUUCGAGGCUGCGCCAUCAUGGUGCAGCGGGACGACAUGUCCAAGGACGGGACAAAGUUGAUCGUCAGCAACUUGCCUCACGGCAUGCAGUGGCAACAGUUGUUGGGCUGCAGACGAGCAUGUCUUUAUGUCGUCAUUUGCUGUAGUGCCUUCAUGAUGGGCGCUCGGCCCUCCAGCCGACACUAGGGCGACCCACACACCACGCGAGCGGCAGCGGUUGUUGGUCAAGAGCCCCGUGUGCGCCGUCCACCAAACGUCCCAAUCAGCUGCACGCUGGGUUUGAAACUGCCUCUCUAGCCUGGCCCCUCCCCCCCCCCUCCCCACUCCGCGAAAGCAGCGCCCAGGCUGAAGGACCACUUCAGCCCCGUGGGCAAGGUCGCGUACGCCUGCAUCAAGCGGGAGGACGAUCCGAUACCCGAAGACGGCACUCGUGCGCCGCCGGGCCGUGCGUUCCCCGUGGCUCUGGGCCCGGGCCCGGGCCCAGCACGCGCGUCGGGGGGCGGCCAGGAGGAGGGUCUUGACGACUUGUGUGUGUG